ACGGGCUUUGAUGGGUGCAGGUGGCUGAAGUUCGUCAUGCUUUUCUGCAUGUGAACCUGCACUUGUGUAUACUUACAAACGACUGCAUCAUCAUCAUCAUUAUCGACGAUUACAACGACACCGUCUUGGGUGGACACUGCUCCAACAUCCCCUACCAAAACACAAUGAUCAGGGAAAUAUGACGGACGUCUUCGUCCGAGGCAUACGCCAUGUCUCGAAGUCUGCUGCCCUUCCAACCCGAACGACUCGAGUAAUACAACUCCCAGCCUUCGCUGAACCCAGUUUCAGAUACCAUUUACCGCGACGGAUAUCCUUCUUGACCAUCCAAAAAGUCCCGUAUAGUAGAGGACGCAAACCGAGCAACGAUGUCUUGCGCCGAGAACUUUUCUCCACCAAGUCGCCUUCUCUACAGUCGCGACAGUCACUAUCAAUACGCACAGCAGCGGGGGCAGGUACCGUCGAGGCACACCCAAGUCUGUCCCUGCUACACUCAUCUAUCAAGCGAACAUGGAGGCCCAGUGACGUGGCAAGGCUGCUUUCGAGAGGCUUUCACGAGACGCAUAGAUGUCUGAAAGAGCCCGAGACAAAAAGAGAAGGAUCCAAGGGUCAUGAAGUCAAGACCGACCCAGCCAAACGCGGCGUACCACAUAAAGAUGCGUCGAAACCUGCUCCUGGCCAAGAGGAGCCACAUCAUGAGCACUUUUACGACAGAAUACACAUGCCGCAAUUCCAUCGACCAACAAAGGAAGAACUGCUGUCCGCAGCCACGGGAUUUUGGUCUCGACUACGAGUACGCUUCAAGUGGUUGACGAUCAAGAGUACCCGCCCUUUCAAUAUGGACGAGAUUGUGGGCUUCAUCUCCUGGAUCGCCUUGGGCCAUGUGAUUUGGAUCGUCAUCGGGACUACAACAUUCGUCUCAUUGGCAAUAUGGGCCAUCAACACUGUCUUCGCCCAGGAGACGCUGGCAGGCUGGAUCGGCAACUACCUCACCAAAUCAUCCGGACUACAGGUAGUCUUCGAGUCCGCCAUUGUCCCGAAAUGGGGGGAUGGGGUCAUCACAUUCAAAAACGUCUUUGUCUCCAGACGGCCCGGUCAAAGCAAGUCCCGCGUAACUAAAGGCUCACCGCAGGCAGCAGCACAUGCAUACUCUGCCGAAGAUCCAGUGCCUCCGGAAGAACAGAACUACACACAAUUCGACAUCACCAUCGGAGAGAUCAACGUGACCCUUUCCUUCAGCAAGUGGUGGAACUCAAAAGGUCCACUCCAAAACGUGGAAGUCAAGCACGUCCGAGGUGUCGUGGACAGAACCCACGUGUAUUGGACCGGCGAACGAAUCGAUCCCAAAUCAUACCGCCACGAGCAUCACCCCGGCGACUUCGAAAUUGAAGCCUUCAAAAUCGAAGACCUGCUCGUAACAGUCCUCCAACCAGAAGGUUUCAGACCCUAUCCCAUCAGCAUCUACAACGCCGACCUCCCUCGCCUGCGAAAGCAAUGGCUAUUCUACGACUUCCUUUGCGCCAACAGCAUGACCGGCGAAUUCGACCGGUCCUUAUUCACAAUCCACCCGCGCCAGAUCCAUUCCUACACCGGCCUCUCCCUCGAGACGAAUGCCAACGACCCAUCCGACGAGCCCUGGAAAAAGCAAUCCCGGAUCCGAAUCGAUGGAAUCAACAUCGACCACCUGAACCGCGGCGCAGGCGGUCCUUUAUCUUGGAUCCACGAAGGCAACGUCGACAUAGUAGCCGACGUCAUGAUCCCCAACGACUGCGAAGAGUCCGUCAUGAAAGUCAUGACCGAUUUCUACGAGCGCAUGGAAUCAGCCCUAACAUCCAAGAAGCAUUUCGAAUCACCGCAAGCGGCACCACUAGCCCGCGACGAUACUACCGGCGCCUUAGUCGACGCCGGUAUCGCCAUGACUGCGCCCACCAGCACAAACCCGGAGUUCAAGGCCACUCAGGACGAAAACAAGCGCUUUCUCGUCAUGGAUUUGAGGAUACACCUGAACGAUGUCCGUGCCGUGGUGCCCCUAUUCACACGGGAUUUGUCUUAUAUCAACAACGCGCUCAUAAGGCCGAUAGUAGCGUACAUCAACUCGCGGCGCACAUUCAUCCCUAUAAACUGUCGCGUGGUGAAAAGACUCUCCGACUUUGACGGAAGUUGGACUGUCUUCGAUUCCGGGCUCAUGGAUGAUCUGGGCGCGGAAGUGUACGAUGCGUUUGCAGGGGACGUCACGGACGAACAGGCGCGUAUGAGACGUUUCAAGAAGGUCGGCCUGUGGAGUUUACAGCUUGCUGCGCAAGCAAUCUUUCUUGGUAUGGCUGGCGGUGUUGCAUAAGCACGCGCCGGGCUAAUGAAUUUAUCUUACGAACCACUCUUCUCUGGGGUACGGUAAUGCAAGGUGCAAAAAGUGUGUCCUUGUACAGUACAUAAUUUUGCAAGCGGAUUCCACAACAUUCGAUUUCAGGCUGGAGUUUGCAGGUCUUGCGGAUUCACGGCGUGUGUAUAUCACAGUUCAGCGUUCAUAGAUAUGGUGUCCUGCUUGAUGAUGCU